AUGGCAGCCACCGAAGACGCUGCCGACCUUGCGUGGAAACCGUCAGGGGUACACCUCGUCGGCUCAGUUCCACUGCCGGGUACAGCGAUCGUCUUCAAGACCGCGGUCACUUCCCUCCCAGAUCGUCUGUACAGCAUACCAGACGGGGAGACCGGACACCGCAACGGCUUCGUGGCUUGGCAAGCUGCUGUCUUUGAAGCGUGGCCGCAGAUCGGUACUCAAUCUGGUGGAACACUAUACAGAAAAGGGGAGGACGUCCCGAAGCCCACGCAGGCUGAUCUUGAAGCAUUGAGUGCUGAGAUCAGAACUUCGACGGAAGGCUUCGACCCAGGAUACGAAAAGUACGCCAUCGAAUCAUAUGAGAUCUUCCGAAAGCUGCAGUCAACAGGUCAAAUCAAACACAAUGUGAAAUUCCAAGUCUGUGUUCCGACUCCUCUGAGUGUGAUGAACAGGAUCAAUCCGGACUAUCAGGAGGUGAUUGAGCCACUGUACGAGGAAGCGCUCUUCCGGUCACUGAGCAAGAUUCAGGAUGCGAUUCCACAUGAUUCUUUGCUGGUGCAGUGGGACAUGCCGAGGGAGAUUGCCUGUCUGGAAGGCCUCGGCGGUGAGUUGUGGUUCGGAGAUGUCACGAAGCGAUUGGAAGCGCGGUUUGAGCGGUGUCUGUCUGCGGUCGCAGACGAUGUGGAGGUCGGCGUGCAUCUGUGUUAUGGUGACUUUGGCCACAAGCAUUUCGUGGAACCGAAGGAUACCACCAUCUUGACCGACCAUGCAAAUCGAUUGACCGAGGUGGCAUCAAAAGCGAAGAGGACUCUGGCCUAUUUACAUAUGCCAGUGCCGAUCGCUCGCCACGAUGAACCUUACUUUGCUCCUCUGACAGGUCUGAUGUUGACCGCAGGUACGAAGCUGUAUUUGGGUCUGGUACAUGCCAACGACUUGGAAGGAACGGCAAGAAGAAUUGCGGCUGCCAGGAAAGCCCUACCUGGGAUUCAAUUUGGGGUGUCGUCUGAAUGUGGACUUGGUCGUACUCCGCCAGAAGAGCUGACUUCGAUAUUGGAGAUCUCGAAGAGUGUCUCGAGACCACGCCGAUAG